UACCACGAGAUCGCCUCCGACCGCGAGGCGCUCCGCCUGACGCCGGAGGACGGGGCGGUUCGGCUGUGCUCCUCCGCUCGCCCACCGACCUCUUCCCUCAGCUCCGGUGAGCUCUACGGCCGGGAGGGCGACCUCGGGCGCCUUCUUGAGCUUCUCUUUGCCGAGGACUGCGGUGGCCGCGUGUUCAUGGUCGUGUCCGUCGUUGGUAUGGCCGGCGUGGGAAAGACCGCCAUCGUCCAGCUCGCCUGCAACGACCAAAGGAUCAGGGAUUUCUUCGAUUGCCGCGUAUGGAUUUACUCGGGGCAAGGUGUUGAUGUGGUGAGCGCGACCAAGACGAUGGUGCACGCGUGUGGAGGGGAUACCCGUGACAUCACUGAAUUGAGCUUGCUGCAGGGCCUGCUCGUGGACCUUCUGAAGGGGAAGAGGUUCUUGAUUGUGCUCGAUGAGGUGUGGAACAUCGAAAAGGCCGUGUGGGAGCUGCUCGAGGGGCCUCUUCGGUUUGCGCUGCGAGGAAGCAAGGUGAUAGUUACUAGCCGCAAUGCGGAGGUGGGCAUGACCAUGGGAUGUGAUCACAGACGUCAGUUGAGGCUGAAUUGUUUAUCUGAUGCUACCUGCUGGUUGAUUUGCAAGAGCUAUGCUUUUGAUUACCAUGAGAUGGAGAUGUGUCCUAAAUUGGCUUCAGUCGGUGAGGAGAUUGUCAAGGGGUGCAAGGGCCUGCCGCUUGUGGCCAAGGCAGUUGGGGGUCUGAUUAGGUGUAAACCUGAUGGAGAGAAGUGGUGGGAGGUCUUACACAGUGAUGUGUGGAACAACGACGAAUUGGUGAAUGAGAUUCUGCCGAUUGUUAGGCACAGCUAUGAUCAUCUUCCACGACAUCUGAAAAAUUGUUUUGCAUAUUGCUCCUUGUUUCCCAAAGGAUACAUAUUUGAUAAGGAGGAAUUGAUCCGCUUGUGGAUGGCACAAGGUUUUCUUCAACAUCAUGAAAGGUUGCUGCCUGAAGAUGUUGGUCGCAAGUACUUUGACGACUUGCUUGGGAGAUGCUUCUUCCAGGAGUCACCAUUCUAUGAUGUCACUGAGGGAAGGUAUGAAAUGCAUGAUGUUUUUCAUGUAUUAGCGCAGUCUAUUGCUGAAAAGGAAUAUUCCAGUAUUGAUUCAUACAAAUACAACAACAGAUGUGAUAUGAUUAAUCAUGAGAGUAUUAGGCAUUCAUCAAUGCUUCCAUCACUCACCGAAUCAGAUUUAACUAUAGAAGGUCAGCUCUUCCAUAGGCAGGAUCUGCGCACGCUUUUGGUCAUCAAAAGGUCCUGCUAUGAAACUGAAGGGAAUUCCUUAUUUGUUAAGAUACCAUACGAUCUAUUCUUGCUCCUGGAAUGCCUACGGACACUCGAUUUAAGUAAUACUAGCAUCAGUCAGAUCCCUAGCUCUAUUGGUAAUUUGAUACACUUGCGGUACCUUGGUCUGAAGAAUACCAAACUCAAAAGGAUUCCUGAAUCAGUCUGCGGACUCUUGAACCUGCAAACACUAGAUUUGAAGCAUUCCCACUGUCUUACUGAGCUCCCACGGGGAAUUAGGUACCUUGUUAAUCUUCGGCACCUAGAACUACCAGUAUCAGAGUACCCAAGCAUCUCCAUUCCAUCUGAGCUUGAGCUUCUAACUGGUCUUCAGACACUGAAUGCAUUUUAUGUGGCAGAUAAUUCUGUAGAUUGUGGUAUAAGUGGGCUGCGCUACAUGGUAAACCUAAGUGGAGAGCUGCACAUUUCAGGAUUAAUGAAUGUAUGCCACGUGCGAGAUGCUAUAAAUGCAGAUAUGCACAGCAAGACGAAACUGAAAAAAUUGGUGCUGAAAUGGUGGAGCCUCACUGCUAGGUCACAACUUCUAGAUGUGCAGACCUCAAGUUUGGUGCUGGAUAAGCUCCAACCUCAUCCAAAUCUAGAGGAAUUGAUAGUAAGUGGUUACUGCAGUGACAAAUUUCCAUCAUGGCUGGGAAGUUGCUACUUCUUUAAUUUAGUUAAAGUGACUCUGGAAGGGUGCGAAAAUUGUGAUGUAUUUCCAUCACUUGGACAAUUGCCAUGCCUCAAACACCUUGUUAUACAACAAAUGGAGAAAGUGCAAAUCAUUGGAAGAGAGUUCAUUGGUUUUAGUGGUUUGCUAACUCAAGGAUUUCCAGCACUCGAGACGUUGGAUAUAAGGAAAAUGUACGAUUUGGAGAUAUGGGAUGGAGUAGAAGAUGGGGAUUUCCCUCUUCUACGAGAUCUAAAUGUUAGUGGAUGCAGUAAAUUAAGAAAGUUGCCUCAGCUUGGUUCUUUGGUAAACCUGAGAAUCCAGUCCUGUGAGCAACUCUGUGACCUCCCUGUCUUGCGGGCGCUCAAAUACUUGAAACUGGAAGGCUUUGACAAAAUGAUGCAUCUUCCUCAACUUCCGAUUUUACCUUUGUUGCAAAUUCUGGAGGUUAGCUGUUGCAAGAAACUUUCGUCAAUCGGACGGUUGGAACACCUCAUGGCGCUCCAGUUGUUGAAAAUCACAAAAUGCCCAAUGCUGCAGUUUGCACAAGAUGAACCUGUGCUAGCAUGCUCAAGGCUGUGCAUAUGCUUGAUGGAUGUCACUUGCUAAACGUGUGCAAGGGCAAAAUCAUUCCUGUUUCCAUACAUGGGCUACUUCUACUUAAUACAAUUUAUUCACAUUUGUAUGAUGGAUUCAUGAAGUACUUAUAUUGUACUACUGUUAUUGUAAUAAAUAUUUUUUAAUAAAUUUUCCAUUUGAUUGCUCAUGCAUAAUUUGUGUGCUCUUGAACGGGUGUAACCUUUGUUGAAUUCCUUACAGAAUAGGCCAGAGAGUCCUAAUCCUAUGUUGGAUGGGCUACUCUAUCUACUCCCUUGGGGAGAGGGUUUCACCCCCCCCCCCCUAUAUAUACGAGAGGGAGACACCUAUUGUAACAAAAAUUGUUCAUUGCAAUAAAUCAGA